AUUGGAGCAACUGCUCGUCCCUUGCCUUCCUGCACACCCAAGUUUCCGCAACAGCGACCCUCAAAUACACUUAUUACCUUACUUGGACAUCCUUUUUCUUCUUCAAGUUCUUGUAGGAUGGAGACCAUUGCAUCAUGAUACCCUUUGUCUCACGGAAGCUUUUGGCACCUUCCUUUACUGUAAAUGAAUUGAGACUUCCCAUUCUUGUUAAAUCCCCUGUUAAGAGACAUCUUCCCUAUGCUAGGGUACAAUUUGCGAGCUCUCAGAUAGAACUGAGAGACUAUCAAGAAGAAUGCAUUCAAUCUGUCCUACAGUCUCUCAAAGAUGGACACAAGAGACUAGGAAUCUCGCUGGCUACCGGUAGCGGCAAGACGGUCAUCUUCACCCAACUGAUUCAAAGAGUUCAGCCGAGGGAAACCAUCGCCACUCAGACUCUCAUCCUCGCCCACAGGAGGGAACUUGUCGAGCAGGCGGCAAGGCACUGCACCAAUGCAUACCCCGAUAGCACCGUAGAGAUUGAGAUGGGCUCCAUGCAUGCCUCUGGCACCGCAGACAUUACCAUUGCCAGCCUGCAGAGCAUCACGUCUGGGGACCGACUCAACAAGUUCGACCCGCAAAGAUUUAAGCUGGUUCUCGUCGACGAGGCGCAUCACAUUGUAGCUCCAGGUUAUAUGCGAGUACUGGGUCACUUUGGACUCGACAGUAAAAAAGUGAACUCGCCGUCUUUGGUGGGCGUUUCUGCCACCUUUUCUCGAUUCGACGGCCUCAAGUUGGGCGCCGCGAUUGACCAGAUCGUCUAUCACAAGGAUUAUGUUGACAUGAUCGGAGACAAGUGGCUCUCGGAUGUCAUGUUCACCACCGUCGAAUCGACAGCAGACUUAUCUAGGGUCAAAAAUGGUGCCAAUGGCGAUUUCCAGCCGGGAGAACUGUCAAGGGCCGUUAAUACGGACCAGAUCAACGAAAUCACCGUACGGAGCUGGCUGGCCAAGGCAUCCGAUCGGAAGUCGACUCUGGUCUUCUGCGUAGACCUUGCGCACGUCGCUGGUCUGACGCAGACGUUCCGCAAACACGGCUACGACGCAAGGUUCGUAACGGGAGACACGCACAAAGUCGAGAGAGCUAAGACCCUUGAGGAUUUCCGCAGUGGAAAGUUUCCUGUGCUCGUGAACUGCGGAGUCUUCACGGAAGGAACCGAUAUCCCAAACAUCGACUGCGUCAUUCUUGCUCGUCCGACACGAUCUCGGAAUCUUCUGGUGCAGAUGAUCGGUAGAGGUAUGAGGUUACACAAGGGAAAGUCCGACUGCCAUAUCAUCGACAUGGUUUCCAGUCUCCAAACCGGUAUCGUGAGUGCGCCGACGCUUUUCGGUCUGGAUCCGAGCGAGAUCGUUAGCGAAGCGACUACGGCCGACAUGGAGGAGAUUAAGGGCAGGAAAGAAGCAGAGAAGCUCCGACAGGACCACGCUUACUCUGAUGCUUCUGCACCUGAAGCUACUGCACCCACCAAGUCGGUGACUUUCACCGACUACGACUCCGUCUUUGAUCUGAUUCAGGACACAUCCGGCGAGCAGCACAUUCGGGCGAUAAGCCAGUACGCGUGGGUUCAGGUUGGCCAAGAUAAAUACGUCCUCUGCGCGCCCAACGGAUCCUACAUCCGACUCUUCAAAGUAGACGCUAAAACGAAGUUCGACGACGACGACGGCGGCGACAAAGAGCAGCUCCUCUGGCAAGCCGUCGAAGUCCGCACCCUGCCCUCAGGCGUCGCCAAAUCCCCCUUCGCCGCGCCCCGCGAGCUCCUCCAAGCCGCAACCUUCGCCGACGCGGUCCACGGCAGCGACAACUACGUCUCCAACUCGGAACUCUACCCCCACACAUUCGUCCAACGCUGGCAACGCUGGCGCAAGGGCCCGCCGACGCCGGGACAGCUCGACUUUCUCAACAAGCUCCGGCCUAAGGAGGAGCCCCUGACGGCCGCCAACGUCGACAAGGGUAAGGCGAUGGAUAUGAUUACCAAGAUCAGGCACGGUGCCAAAGGCCGUUUCGCGAGCUUGAAGACGGAGAAGCGGCGCGUCCAGCGGUCUCACGAUAAAAAGGCACAGAUGGAGGCGCGUGCGCGGCAGGAGAAGGUCUCGGUUGGUCCUAUCUCUUCUUGAUUGUAUGCCUAUGGGUUGUGAGGUUGGAGAUUGAGUCUAUUGCUUCUACAUGGGGCAUUUCUUUUCGCUAUGGGAUUUGAGGGGACAUCUCUCUUGCCCAGGGGUUUGAGGGGUGUCGAUGUUGUAAGACCACGGCUUUUGGAGGUCAGCCUUUUGAGACUAUUCUAGUGUGCAUGUCUAAAUCAUAGAGACUUGCAAGGGAGCGGUUGUAAGAUAGGAGAAACCUGUACAGCAUUUUUGAAAGCAUCUGUAACUU